AUGGACUUCGAAGAAAAAGUGGUCAAUGUCCUUGAUGCGCUUGAAGUUGUACUCCCUUCUCGUUCUCAUUGGGCUAAGGCUCUGUCAAGAGCGCACCUCCUACGCCGCACAAGUCUUUCGAACAUAUUUGUACGUGAAAGCGUGACGGCGGCAGAACGAAAAUGGGAUUAUGAGUUGAGGCACGAGGGUCGUUUAAGAAAUGAACAGUCAUCUACGCCUGAGUGGGUGGUUUACAAAGAUGUUCCCUCUCACAUUGCCGAACUUCCCCGCAAACCUAUGACGGGAAACUUGUAA